AUGGCUUCGUUGGCGCUGAAAUUAAAGCCCACGCAGGGCUGCCAAGCUCGUCAGCCAAUCUUGAGGGUCAAGACCGGAUGCCUGACCUGCCGCAGCCGGAAGAAGAAAUGCGACGAGACAAAGCCUGUGUGUAUUGGCUGCGAACGCAACGGCUUCCUGUGCGAGUGGCCAUCCAGAACGACCAGCAGUGACAGGAGGGCGCACAAGCGAAGGCGAGGCGCACGAUCAGACCAAGACACCUCCUCGUCAACCUCGACAUCGAAAGACGCCCAUCGUCACGCUGUUGGCGGCCAUCACAGGCCUCCUUCUUUCGAACGACGCUGUACACCCGAUCGUGGUAACACUGCACCGGGCACUGGCACAGCGGGCGAACAGUCGACAAUCACAUUUAGCGCACACGAAGUUGACUGGCCUCUCGAGGAGCUUUUCUCCACGUCAUGCGACACGGUGCCUUCUUUAGCGUUUGAAUCGGGCCAAAGUUCAGCAUCUACAGGAUCUGGUAGAUCUCCAGGUACAACAGCAUCCACCGUCUCGCCCGCCAGCAGCAACGUGGAGACGGAGGAAUCGCAGCCAACCGAGUACGAUCCGGGACCGUCGGACUUUGGCGGUUUCGAUAUCAUAAACACCAAGUCGACUUCGAUCGCCGAUCGCCGACCAGUCAUAUCGUCCGAGGAGAAUUUUGCCUUGGAUCUUAGUAUGGCGGCUUUUGCGGUGGAGAGCACCAACGCAUCGCUGGACAUCGUACCUGCAAGCAUGCCUUUGCUAUCCGAUACUCAGGAGCCAACAUAUGACCUUUUGAGCUUUUACAUUUCCCGUACGGCCCGAAGUAUGGGGAAUGGGUCUACCGAGACUAAUCCUUUCGUUUCUCAACUAAUCCCCUUGGCGUUCGCGAACAAAUUCAUAUUAGGUCUGGUCCUGUGCCAGAGUGCCGUGCAUCGGGCAACAGAGGAUAGUAGCCAAUUUGCAGUCGCUCAAACGUACUACAAUAAGUCGCUACGAUCAUUCCGCCAAUCGAUCGACGAGUACAUCAGCGGUCAAGAAGUCAGCCCGCUGUGGCUGGCUUUGGGGGCUUUGAUCAUGUGCUUUACAGAGACUGCCAAGGGCGAUUUGCACGGUUCGAUUUUCGACCACAUUGAGGCAGCGGGUCCUUUGUUAUCACGUCUGAUGACGCACUCGGCGAACCUACCGAACGACCUGAAGAACUUUAUUGUUGAGUACUAUGUUGAUCUGGUGACCAUCAGUAUGAUUUCAGUGGACCCCAGCUUUGGGUCAACUCUUGUCUUAGACUCCCAGUUUGAAGUAAUGGCGGAGGCAAUGGUCAAGGACGGUUACGUAGGACAACUUUGUGGCACGUGGCUGGAACUGCUUUUGCUAGUUCCCCGGAUCUUCGACUUUGCGCGGCUGUCAUCCUCUACCAUAGCAGCCGACAGAUUUAUCGUCUUCUCUGACUUGCAGAGUCGAAUCGUAUCCUUCACACCGUCGGCACCAAGCCACCCCGAAUCCGUGCUUUGUGGUUACAUCUUCAAGCAUGCUGUCCAUAUCCUCCUCUUGACUGCAUUGAACUUUGGACUCACUCCUGAAGGGCAAGCCAAACAGCAUGUUGAGAACUGCGUUACGGAAGCGUUCGGGAUUCUGCUUCAGCUACCCCCUGACGCGAGAAUCAACACAAGCCUUUGCUGGGCCAUGGCCGUCAUCGGCAGCUGCGUCUGUGAUGAUAUCCGGCAAACCGAAUUGAGUAACCGGCUGACCGCCAUGUAUGUAGCAGUUGGACUGGGCAAUAUUCGUGCUACGCGUAUCCUGCUGCAAAAGAUAUGGAAACUCCCUCUGACGGAACGAACUCCAUGGAUCAUUAGUCGGGUCAUGCGCGAGAACGAAAUAUGGAUAUCAUUCGUCUGA